AUGAACAAAGGAGAGAAGCACAGCUAUUCUUCAGCUAGGUCCCACAAGAAUAUAUCUCACAUGGGUUAUCCGUUGCUUCAAAUGUCAAGACACUCAAGCCAUGGAUGUUUUACCAGAUCCAGUCAUGGAGGACGCUCUAAAACUACCAGACAAUCACAAUUUUUUUGUUAUGGAGGUCUCCAAGAAUCUCAUCAUAGAAGAUCUUAUAUGUACUAUAAAGUAGACCCAAAAGCAUUCUCUCAUGGAAGCCCCAAUGCUUUUCUGCAUAGUGGUCACUGGAAAACAUCAUACAGAUGUAAAGCGAUCCCAGUCUUUAAGCCUUCACCUGUGAGCCAUGGAUAUAAUGAAUAUUGUCAUAAUAAUUGUUUAAGAAACUCCAGGGUCUAUGAUAAGCACAACAAUUAUAAUCCAUUUGAAUUCAAUCAAACAAAGACCAUGAGACAUCUAAAUGAAAGGCUGUCUUGCUAUGUGGAAAAAGUUAAUUUUCUGGAGCAGCAUAAUGAAAGUUUUGAGAAGAAGAUAGCAAAAUGGUAUGAAAACAAUGCUCCCAGCAUGCCUGCAGACCGCAGCCAGUACUUAGAGGAAAUUCAAAAGCUCCAAAACCAGACCUCUAAAGUCUUUACAAACAAUGUGGGUAUAAUCAGGAAUAUUGACAAUGCUAGACUGGCUAUUGAUGACUACAAUAACAAGUAUGAGAUGGAGCUAAAUUUGAGAAGCAGUAUUGAUGCUGAUUCAGUUGGACUGCGUAGUAUUUUGGAAGGGUUUAUUGACCAGUCAGUUAAACUGGAAUCUGAAGUUGACAAACUUCAGCAAGAGAUGUUGAAGAUGAGGAGGGACAGUGAACAGGAGAUAAACUCUUUAACAUCUCAGUUUGGGAUUAGAGUCAGUGUGGAGGUAGAAGCUUCCCCAUCUGCUGAUCUCAACAAAGCAUUGUCUGGUAUUCGAGAAGAAUAUGAAAAACUAUCAGAGAACAACCUGAGGGAACUUGAAAAACAUUUUCAGCAACGGAGUAAGAAGCUAAACCAAGAAGUGAGCUCUGGCUUUGAGCAGUUGCAGUCAGCAGAUACUGAAUGUAUUGAUGUGAAACAUUCUUUGCAAACUAUGGCGAUAGAACUGCAAAGUGAACACUACAUGAUAUCAACACUGGAGGACACCUUACAGGAGAAACAGACUUAUUAUGUCUCAGAGCUUGCUCUGCUACAGCAAGUAAUCAAUAAUGUUGAAAGCCAAUUGGAUCAGAUAGUAAGUCAGCUUCAAAGUCAGAAUGAGGAGUAUCGACUUCUCAUGGACAAGAAAACACAUCUGGAACAGGAGAUUACAACAUACCAAUCUCUACUGGAUGGAAAUGGCAUAGAUGUGACUGGACAUCCUCCCUCAACAAAGCACAUUGGUAUGUAAGAGUGACUUAGCAAAAGCAGCCUAUAAAUUGUAUGUUGCUCAGCUCUUAUUUAUCAUUCUU